AUGAAUUUUUCACUCGAUCUCAUUCUGGUUUGUGGUUUUAUUCUAGUUGGCUGGUAUAUUCGAAGCUGGCAAAACACUCAACAAAGGCUGAAAACUCUCGGCGGUAGAGGAGCAACUGUGCCCGGACUUCCUUUUGGCAUACAUAUUGUGUUCGGCUUGAUCAAAAACUGGUUUUGUGACGGGCUCGUGGAAUACUGUAGCGACCUCCAGGGCCGCUUCGGCCACACCCUUGAUUUUAAUAUACUAGGAAUGCGUCUAGUAGUUACCGAUGAACCUCAGAAUUUCGAGGCAAUUAUGAGCACCAAGUUCAAAGAAUACGGAAAGGGGGAAAAUCUACAUAGGACUUGGAAUAAUCUAAUGGGUGACUCAAUUUUUGCAACUGAUGGGCAGCUUUCAAAAGGCUGGGACUCGGACUUCGAACGCACUGAGCUCCAUGUCCAAAAGUUGCUAGAUAAGCUUUCAGCAAAAAAAAUAGUAAAUGUCAGCAAUCUGUCUUCGAGGUUCGCCCUAGAUGUAGUUUCCGACAUCUUUUUAGAAAAGUCAGCAAAUACCUUGGAAACUGAAAAAUUUCUGUUCGGAGAAGCAAUGGAUAAGCUACAAGCCUACAAUACCAUCAGAACUUGUUUUGGAUGGAUCGGAUCUAUAAUGCCCACUGUGUUUCUCUCGGGGGCUAUGAUCGAAGUGGAGAAGUAUCUAGCACUUCAAGUUGAAAGAAUUAUGGCGAUGCCGAUUUAUAGCACUUUGGGGAAAGAAGCUCAAAGUAGCAGACUGGUUGAUUCAUUACACUCCAAGUGUAGGAAUGCGAAGGAAAUGAGGGAUCAAAUAAUUGCGGUUCUACUCGCGGGCAAAGACCCCUUUGGACUGACUCUUGCAUGGGCCUUGCACGAGUUAGCUCUCAACCCAGAGAUAGUUCGAAAACUAAGAGCCGAAAUUGUAACCCAUGUAGGGCUUGAGAGGCUUCCCACGCCCAAAGAUAUCCAGAAAAUGACCUAUUUGAAGAACAUAAUCCAAGAGACGUUGCGAUUAUAUCCCCCACUCGGUUUCAAUUCUACUCCGUGGUCUCUCUUCAUCGUAAUAUUGGUUUCUUCGGUGAAGACGCACAUGUUUUCAGGCCGGGGCGCUGGGAGACAUGGCAACCCUUUAAGUGGCAUUAUCUGCCAUUUAACCACGGACCCCGUGUCUGCCUUGGGCGAAACUUCUCCCUCAUUCAGCUCCAAUACACACUGUGCCGUCUCUUUCAGGUGUUCGAAAGUAUCUCGGUACCUGAUCCUGGAGAAACAGAAAAAGCAUUGA